CUCAGCUCCCUCAUCAAUCAAGCAUCAGGCACCGGGCACUACAUACAGGGGUAGAAGCGCGGCGCAGCGGCGCGCGCUCUAGAAGCUCAUUACCGGCACUCGGCUUGCCGCCGAGGAGAGAGGGCACUACUCAGGGGGCAGCCGUGGCGGCGAUCUUGCGGCUCGGAGCGCCGGUUCCGUGCUGCCGUGCCGAGCCCAAGCUCAUCGAGAAGCGCUCAGCCCAGCUCUCAUCGGGAGCGCAAGCGAGCAUCCAUCCUCUCGACCCCAUCCUCUCCACUCGCGCUGCCAUGGACGUCGACUCGCCCACCGGCCCUUCCGGCCUGCACGCCCUCGCGCGCUGGUUCCUGCCACACGCGUCCGAGCGGCAGAUGCACUCGACGCAGUCGCUGCUCUUCACGCUGCUGCUGCCUUCGCUGCUGCAGCUGCCCAUCGGCUGGCAUCUGCUGCACUACCCGCAGCACCGCCUCCCGCGGUUGAUCAUGCUGCCCUUUGUCGUCCUCACGGCCAUUCGCUGUGGCUUCUCGGGGCACGUAGAGUACACGACGCAGAGCUGGCUCAAUCUCGACCUUGGCAUCUCGGCGUUCUUCACUUCCAUCCGUGCCAUCUGGCUGGCGACCAAGACCGAAGCUCCGAAGUACAUCGCCAACGAUGGCAAGCCUGCCCAACCUCUGCUGCUCGAGCUCAUCGGCACGAUGCGCUUUGCAGGCUUCGACAUUGGCGUGCCUUCGGCCUCGGAGCCGCGCUGGGACUUCAUCGUCAAUCGUCUCAUCACAUCGGCUUGGUGCUAUAUCGGCUGGGACAUUCUUGAUGUCGCCGUCAAGCAUCCACUGGUCAAUCCUGCUACGCAUUUGGGCAUCGGAUCGCUCAAGAUCUGUCGUGAAGGGCCUCUCGGGCUGUUCGCAGAGGCGCUAGUGUUCCUCUCUGUAGGCUCCAUCUUCGUCUAUCUCUCGAUCCAAGGUUCCUGCGCCUUCAUCUCCGCCAUCUCCGCGCUCUUCGUUCCCUCCACGCAAGCCUCCUGGGGCGACCUGCCCUACAUCUUCCCCCUCAAGGCCGACUCCGUCCGUGCGCUGUGGAGCACGCACUGGCACGAUCUGUUUCGCAUCAUGUUCCUCGACUUGGCCUUCAAGCCCACUGCCUCGCUCGCUCGUCGACUCGGCCUACCUCGCAAAGCUCAAAAGGCACUCGGCGUGCUGGCCGUCUUCACGCUCUCGGGACUUAUGCACGAAGCAGGCAUCGAGGGCAUGUCGUGGGGUCAUGCAGACCAGGGAUGGGGUGCGGGCGUGGAAGGGUGGAGCUAUGCGACGACAAAGUUCUUCGUACUGCAGGGCGUAGGAGUGAUCCUGGAGGAUGUGCUGCAGGAGACGACGGGCAUGAAGGUCCAAGGCUGGGCCGGAAGGAUCUGGGCUUUCACGUGGGUGAUGGGCACUGGUUGGCCUAUGAUCGACGUCUGGCUGAGACACGGCAUCAUUCCCGCCUGUCCGACGAGCUGGCAGCUCUCCAAGCCUCUGGUCAACGCCGUGCUCAGUGCUCUGGCGACGUGGCGUACGUCGUAGAGCUGCUUCCUCUGCCUCUUUUCUCCCGAUUCUCUCAAUGCUUCUAGACCGUGCUCCGAGACAGCGAGAGACAGAUUGCUCGCCACUUCUUCCGCUGCUCUAUCCUUAUCCGCCAAGACCCAUCUUUAUAUCACGACACUCGAGCUCAAGAGACCCCGUAAUGCCAUCGA